AGUUUUGGAGAUAUAGUAACAUCACGUGCUCAGGGUACCCACUGAAUGCUUUGGACAGCAUUUUACCUAGCGGGAAGACAAACUGGAACUCUGCCCUCAUGAUUAUUUUAAAUGGAAAAACUAAUGAACAUCUUGACAUGCUCGAUGGUGGAGUCAUCCAGCGGCUUCUAGAAGAAAAAUGGAAAACCUUCGCCAGAAAAGAGUUUCUGAAACGUUUGGUACUCAUGUUCCUACACCUGAUUGCUCUUAGUAUUGCUGUUUCUCUCCGCUCCUCAUCAGAUGGCAACCUACUUGGCCCCUCUGACCUGCGUUCCAUUUGUCGAUAUUUUGCUGAGUUGGUAACCUGUCUGGGAUGUAUAGGGUUCGUUGUUUUUCAACAAGGCGAAGAAAUAAUGUCUCAAGGUCUCCUGGGCUUCCUUAUCAAUCUUAGUAGUAAUCCUGCCAAGGCAAUCUUCCUUAUCGCCAAUAUUCUUAUCCUCUGCUGUGUGCCGUGUCGACUAAUGGGGUACAGACACACUGAAGAUGUUCUCCUUACAUUUGCAAUUCCUGGUUCCUGGUUCUUCCUUAUUUUCUUUGCAGGGGCUGUAAAAUUGACAGGUCCGUUUGUAACUAUGAUCUACAACAUGUUAGUCGGAGACAUCGUGAGAUUUAGCAUCAUCUACUUGAUCUUUCUCUUAGGGUUCACGCAAGCUUUUUUCUUCCUGUUUAAAAAUCAGACUGGAGAGAGUCAACGAUUUAAGACAUAUUCACAAACCUGGAUGGCCCUAUUCCAUAUGACUUUAGGGUAUUACGAGUACUCCGAGUUCAGCGAUACUUUCUACAGUGCAUUAACGUGGUUUGUCUUCGCUGUUUUCAUGGUUAUCAUGCCUAUCCUGAUGCUUAACAUGCUGAUUGCUAUGAUGGGAAAUACGUAUUGCGAAGUAAUAACCCAAUCUGAACGAGAAUUCGUCAAACAGUGGGCUAAAAUCGUUGUGGCCCUAGAGAGAGCUGUUAGCCAAAAGAAGGCUAAAGAGUAUAUGCAGAGCUAUUCCAUUCGACUGGCUUCGCCCUCUGGUGAUGAUGACCCUGAGAAAGAGCAGCGAGCAGUGAUGGUAAUAAAAAGUAAAUCAAAGUCAAAGGCAAAGCAGAGGAAAGGGGCUUUAUCAAACUGGAAGAGAUUUGGUAAAAUAGUGAUUCAGGAACUACGUCAGUGUGGUGGUACAGCGGAACAGUUUAGACAGAAGUACAGGAUUAACCAUCACUUUUCUACAUCUGCUUGCAAACCCUCUCCAGUGGACAAAAGUGAUGACUCCGACAGUGAGAGGGGAGCUGCGAUAGACUCUGGAAAUGGUUUAGGAGUCGCUUUGAACCAGCUUGCGUUUGCUCACGAUUUAGACUUCAGUAAAAGUUCUGUUACACCUCAAUCAGCUUCGCCAAGUGACAAAGAAAGUGCCACACCUACUGGAGGAAAAUCUUUCGGAGAUUUGUUCCAGCAGUUAGCUUGGGCACACGACUUGGAAGUUGGUCGACCACAAACUCCUACAGGAAGCCAUCGUGAUAGUGUAAGUUCCCAAUCACGACCAACUUCUCCAUCUCCUGAACAAAAUACCUAUCCCUCAUUAUACAAGAUACUACAAUUCCUAAAAUAAAUACCGAAGAUUCCUUCCCCACCCAACAAAGUGAACUAUCCUCCGUUCCAAAUCAAAGUAAUGAGGCUCGUUCGGAAGUUGAACAAAGUAAUAAAACCAAAUUAAACACCUUGCAUGGAAUAGACAAUCCUGCCUUUGUAUCUGAUGCUGGAGCUUCUGCGCAGCCGCUAGAGUCAGAACAAGGUUUCAAUCUUAAACUUCCCCACAAAAAA